CAGCAGGUGGCGCCGAAGCUUUCGCUGUAGCCUCCAAAUGACCCGAAGUAGAAGGUUAGCGUCAUAACAACAACAACACUGCUAGCGGCGUUAGCUCGAAGGAACGCGACGCGUGUUUGUUUCUGCUGGUCUGGGACUCGUCAACAGGUACGCUGGAAUUUUCUGACACCCACUCGGACAUGUCCUAUGUCUUCAUCAACGACUCGUCGCAGACCAACGUGCCUCUGCUGCAGGCCUGCAUCGAUGGAGACCUGCCCUUCGCCAAGAGGCUCCUCGAGACGGGAUGCGAUCCCAACAUCCGUGACAACCGGGGCCGCACGGGGCUGCACUUAGCCGCCGCCAGAGGAAACGUGGACAUAUGUCGCCUGCUACACAAGUUCGGGGCUGAUCUGUUAGCGACUGAUUAUCAAGGGAACACAGCACUGCAUCUGUGCGGGCACGUGGACACUAUACAAUUCCUGGUGUCCAACGGCCUGAAGAUUGAUAUCUGUAAUCACAAUGGAUCGACUCCUCUGGUGCUGGCGAAGAGGCGCGGCGUCAACAAGGACGCCAUUCGCCUGCUGGAGGGACUGGAGGAGCAGGAGGUGAAAGGCUUCAACAGAGGGCCCCACUCCAAGCUGGAGACCAUGCAGAUGGCUGACAGUGAGAGUGCGAUGGAAAGCCACUCUUUGCUCAACCCCAACCUGCAGAGCAGUGAGGGCGUCCUGUCCAGCUUCAGGACCACCUGGCAGGAGUUUGUGGAGGACCUGGGCUUCUGGCGGGUUCUGCUGCUGCUUGUGGUCAUUGCCCUCCUCUCGCUGGGCAUCGCCUACUACGUCAGCGGGGUCCUUCCUUUCUCCACCAGCCAGCUGGAGCUGGUCCACUGAGGUGGAAGGCAGGGAUGAGGGCGAUGACGAACAAGCAUGGUUUAAGAGGGUAGUAAAAUAAUCAAGUGAAGUUCUACUUUCGACUGUUUGUACCUGACAAACUACAAUUUUUGCUUUAUUUGCAGCCCUGAUCUCAUAUUUUAUGGUUUUGUUAUUAAAUUGUGUUUUAAAACGCAGUGAUGCAAAAGCGCAAAACUCAUUGUCAGCUAAAACAAAUAACAAGGUUGUAGGAUGACUAACAGGAAGGACUAAGAGAGACGAUAUGUUGAAAGCAACACUAUGUAACUUUCACAAAGCAACAGCGUCCACAGCCACACGUGAUUAAUUCUGUUGUCCACAUGUUCGACACAUGCAGAGAGAGAAAACACAUCUGAACGAGGGAUAUUACCCAUGAUCCUCUGCUUCCUGAACCAGGAGAGCUGCGGCUGUAACAAAUCCACCAAACUCUGUUUAGAAUUCUUCAUGUUUUAAAGUUUCCUGCUGAAUAUUGGAGAUAAACUCUGGUUGUUAAUAACGUCUCAGUGUUUUGAACUGAUCACAGUUCAGCUUCACUGAUUGUGACAGUUGAAGCUGUGACUCUCAGUCACUUCUUCUCACAGGAGAUCGAUCCCACUCAGCAGAGUUACAGAGAACAGACGCUCAGGGAGUGAAGGAGGAAACUUUCUCCGUGUUCACACUCAAACAUCCAACUCACUUUAAUCACGCUGCUGGUUUAAGGUAAAAGAAAGUUACAUAGUGUUGCUUUAAUGUUGUGUAACAUGACACCCCUUUGAAAACAACAUUGCAGCGAUAGUUUCCUUUAACACAAUCUUGUGGUCCAGUGAGAAACUGCCACCGUGCUGCUGUCAUGUUUUUAUUUUUUUUAAAACUCACUUUUUCAAGUGCACUAGUAUGCUUAUCAAAAUGUCCCAGCCUAUGCUGAUUCAGUGACACAUCAUGACUUUAUGAAACACCUCCCACUCAUUUCAAACAGCUUCUGAAACUAGUGGUGGAGAAAAUAAUAAUGCUUGUUUUGUGACAUGCCAACAAUGACAUUUCCUGGAAUCAUUUCCUGUUACAAGCUGUAUAUUGGCAACUCUCUUUUUUAUCUUCAAGGUUUUUGUGUUUGUUUGUCCAGUUUCUCCGUCGUGCUAUUUAUCAAAUGUCCACUUUAUUAAUUUCCUUUCAUAUUGUAAGCUUUUGUUAAAAUGCUUCGCCUCUUGCUGUCUUUAACCCAGUUUGCUCUUAAAAUGUCUGCAUUUUUCAUUCAGUUAAUAUCUCAAUUCUGACUUGAAACGGUUUGAUAGGUGAAGAGUUGAUUCACUUGAACUUUUGGAAGGAAACGUAUCGUCUGCAUACGUGCAGUUUAGAAAAGCACCUCGACUGUGUGCCUUUUGAGAGAAAGCUCCGUGUUUCACAACAGCUCAUUGACAUUCCUGCGUGAAGCAUGCAGCAUUUUUGCAUUAAAAUCUACCGCAUUGUUGUGAACGAGACGUAAUGCUUAUAAACUAGGAUUAUGGCAGCAGAUUAAAGGUUAUAACUUGUCCUCUUUGUAUAUUCAUUAAUGUCCUCUGAAUCCAUGUAGAUUUUAUUUGUUGUAGUUUUUCCAGAGUUGAUUUUCUGUGAACAAUAACACAUUUAAAGUGUGGAAAUAAAAUGUGUAUGAAUGAUUGUAAUCUCCA